AUGGGUCGAGCUCCAUGUUGUGAUAAAGCCAGUGUCAAGAAAGGGCCAUGGUCACCUGAAGAGGAUGCAAAGCUUAAAGCUUAUAUUGAACAGCAUGGAACUGGAGGAAACUGGAUUGCUCUUCCUCAAAAGAUUGGGCUGAAGAGAUGUGGAAAGAGUUGCAGAUUGAGAUGGUUGAAUUAUUUGAGACCUAAUAUCAAACAUGGUGGAUUCUCGGAGGAAGAGGACACCAUCAUUUGCAACCUCUAUAUAAGCAUUGGCAGCAGGUGGUCUGUAAUUGCUGCCCAGCUGCCUGGAAGAACUGAUAAUGAUAUAAAAAACUACUGGAACACAAAGCUGAAAAAGAAACUACUUGGAAAACCCAAACAAUCCAAUACCAAUAAUGGGAUUUCACCUUCAUCAACUACCAAUGAAGACCCCAAAGAGGGUUUGAGUAACUCAGCCUUGGAAAGGAUUCAACUCCAUAUGCAACUUCAAGGCCUUCACAAUCCACUCUCUUUCUACACACACCCUCAGCUAUGGCCCAAGCUCCACCCCAUGCAGGAAAAGAAGUUUCAAUCCCUCCUGCCUCUGAACAAUCAAAACCCUAAUCAUCUUCAACCCACUCAACCGCCCAAGGAAGCUGAUUUCUUUCACACCAAUUCUGUGUCUCUUCCUUAUGAGAUCCCAAGUUCAGAUGAAUUAGCAUCUGGGGUUCAUCAAGUUUCAAACUUUGUGGAAGUGGAUGAGUUUCUUAAUGACAAGGCGGAGGGUUUCAUGUCACAACCUGAACAAGUGCCUGAAUUUGAUUGCUUUAAAGAAGUGGGUGGUUCUUCUAAGGAUAGCUUCAUGUGGUGGGCUGCUCAGAAUGAUCAUCAUGAUAUGAGAUCCGCAUCCUCCUCUAAUUCCUGGGAUUCUUCUUCUGUUCUUCAAUCGGAAUUGAUGUUUCAAGAUUUUGAGUUAGGGUACAAUCUUUAG